AUGAAGCUACUUCGUGAGUUGCUCCGUGAGACACUCCCAGAAAUUGCUAACGGAUCAUUUUCAAUUAUUCUUCAGAAAUUGACUAGGAUUACGGAGUCUGAUGAUAUUGAAGCGAUUCUGAUUCUGAUUCUGAAGAUUCUGAAUGAAGGUUCAUCCGAUAAUUUAGUAGCACAAGAGAUCAUUCCCGAUGCUCUAACACGAGCAGCAACUCGCGCAGAAAACGAAUUAAAUCUUGUAGUCUUGCUAAUUUACCACACUCUUUUGAUUUCUGGAAGCGAUGAAACGAAUAUAGAACAAUCCCCAUUUACUCAACGACCAGCAGUUAUUGAAUGCACUAGAAGCCGAGAAAAAUCAGUCGCCGUUCGAUCUCGCUUGGAGUUCGAAAUCGAAGUUAUCGUUCUUCAUAGAGCCGCUUCUUGCAUCACAACAUUCACACUUUAA